AUGUCCAAGAAUUCAAAAGUUAAGAUAGCCACCUUUCCGGGAUGCACAACGCAAGACAUGAAGGAUCAUAUCAAGCCACUACUACGCAGAAACCCAGACGAGAUAAUUAUCCAUGUGGGAACCAAUAGUUUACGAUCCUCCAAUACUCCUCGUGAAUGUGCAGUAGAACUGAUUGACCUAGCCGAAGCAGUCAGCUCUGAAUCCUCAGCUAUGAUAUCUAUAUCCGGUCUCAUCAAUAGAUCUGAUGAUGAAGCCCUUGCAUGUAAAGUACCUGACGUGAACAAAGUUCUUAAGGAAUGCUGCAAGCAAAAGAACUGGGGUUUUGUUGACCACUCUAACAUUUCA